AUGGCAGAAGUAAUAGAUCCCUUAGUGGCAAGACCUUCGGACUCGUCCAGCGCUACGCCAGCAGUGAAAGCGGCUUCCAUUGACCCUCUAUCAAAACCAGUCCACUCGAUCAUUCUCGACUCCUCCCCACUUCUAUUCAAUACACCUACACUUUCGACACUUCUUUCACAAUGCCAUGUCCUCGUCACCACCCAGUCCGUCAUAUCUGAGAUCCGCGACCUUGACGCUCGAUCACGUAUCGACAACCUCUACCUCCCGUUCCUGCAGAUAAAAUCACCCAAACCAGAGAGUAUAAGAUUUGUGAAGGAGUUUGCGCGCAAGACAGGUGAUGGCGCAGUAUUAAGCGGAACAGAUAAUGAGAUUUUGGCGCUCGCUUAUGACUUAGAAUGUGAAAGGAAUGGAGGCGAUUGGAGGCUGAGAAGGGUGCCGGGCCAGAAGAUGGUGAAUGGGAGUAAGCCCUUUGCACUUACUGAGCGGUCGAAGGAAGCAGGCAGCGGGAGCGACACCACUACUCAAGGCCACAAUUUCCAGGAUGUGACGGAGGAGUUGCAGGGAGUCAAGCUACAAGAGGUGAUAGAGGAGCCACUGCAAUCAAGCAAAGAAAGGGAAGCAAGCCUAUCAACCAACGAGGCACUACAAGAUGCAGAAGAGGACUCCACAUCCUCAGAAUCCGAUUCGGGGGGUUGGAUCACACCAUCAAACAUCAAGAAACACCAAGCCAAAGAUUCAAGCUCACUCCCGUCCUCCAGAAAGGCAGAAACGAAGACUCUACAAGUGGCAACUAUCACCGCUGAUUUUGCAAUGCAAAAUGUUCUGCUGCAAAUGAAUCUUAAUCUGCUGUCUCCGAAAACCUGCAAACGCAUCAGUCAACUUAGACAGACUAUUCUCCGCUGCCACGGCUGCUUCACUACCACGAAAGAGAUGGAUAAGCAAUUCUGUCCAAGGUGCGGAAAACCAACAUUGACCCGCGUUAGCUGUACGACAAAUGACAAAGGCGAGGUCAAACUGCACUUGAAAGCCAACAUGCAGUGGAACAACAGGGGGAAUGUGUUCAGUAUCCCUAAGCCUGUAAGUGGGAGGUCGAAUCGGAAGUGGGCAGGUCCAAAAGAUGGAGGCGGUAAAAGUGGUUGGGGAAGGGAGCUUGUGCUGGCGGAGGACCAGAAGGAGUAUGUCAGAGCGAUAGCUGGUGGUGGACGGCAGAAUCAUAGUGAGAAAGAUCUCAUGAACGAGGAUUACUUGCCAUCGAUCCUAAGUGGGGAGAGAAACGGAGGAGGUAGGAGGAUACGCAUUGGAGGCGGAAGAAACAUCAAUGCGAGGAAGCGAUAG